AUGUAUCCCUCAUUUCCACGACGGCACUUGUCACUUUCCUCGAGUGGUCCAAUCACAAUCUCCGAGGACCGCCAGACCGUCACAUUCCGUCUGAACAAUGGCGAGACAAUCACGCAGAAGAUUUCGCCUACCCCGAAAGCAAACCGUGACAAGCUUGCAAACGCCCUGGCCUCACUACUUUCCACACCGGAAACCUUUAAGCCGAGCAAUCUCUCGUUGAAGCCUUCAUCCGGCUUGUCGUUUGGCACGACCCAAUGGCACCUCGAUGCCCUCGGCGAUGCUAUACAUCGACACACGGCUCACCCUUCCGCCAAAGAACGCGAGGAAGCGGAAAAGUUGAUCAUGGCUGAGGCCGAGGAAAUGAACCAUCAUCCACACAUUGCCCGUGGAGAGUUUGGCGGAGAAGACAAAUACAUGACUAUCACAUGUACAACCCACAGUCCUCGAGGGCUGAGCGUUCGAGACACCAGGCUGGCGCAUAAGAUCAACGCGAUUUUGGAUGCGUUCGAGGCCAUGGAGCCUAUGAGUAUUGAUGCUGCACAAGAUCUGGGCGAAGCCGAGAAACAGCUCGCUGUACACCGCGAACGGAUGAUUGCCCUCAACCGGCAGAAGAUCUCCGAAGCCUUAGAAAGCUGCUCCUGCGAUACAGCGAAAUCAAAAUCUACAACUUCACCAGAAGGGGCUUCAGCUCCAUAG